UUCUGGGAGCUCUCCCCACUAUAGAAGGCCAAGUGAUGUGGGGUCUGAGAGCCUGGCAGUCCUCAUGCAAAGCCGCUGCUGGCUGGAAGCAUAGGGGUCUUUUACCUUUUGGGAUCUCUGCAGGAUUAGAAUAGUAAAGUGGAUAGUAAUUGGAUAUUGCACUCUGCUAAUGCAAGCUACAGACAAAAGCAAAAAGAAUCUAGCUGCCACUGUGCUGCUAGGAUUCCAUUUUCUGUAACUUCAGUUCUGAUGUUUUUCCUGGAGUGUAUCUACUCGGCUUCUAGCGGUUCUUCCCACCCCAGCCACCCCAGCAUGCUAAACCCCGCAGCACACCCCUUACCAUUUGUGUAGGCUGCUAAAUACAGGGAGGCACCUGGUAUCUCCAGUGUCUGCAGUCACAAAUAUGUUUACACUUGGUGUCAAAUUUUGUAUUUUAAAUUUUAAUACUUUUUUUUAAAGCUCGUACAAAAGCAGCCAGCAGACAGGUUCACUGACAUCAGUCUGCACCUGUCAGCUCCUAGGACCAGUGAUGGUAUAUAACACUGUAUUAGAGGCAUGGAGCUGUGGCUGGAUGAAGAUUCCAUCAGUAAUUCAAUCAACAGACAAGUAUUAUCCAAUCACGUCUUUAAAUCAAUCACUGAUCCCAGCCCCUAUAAAAGGGAGCAGCCUUAGGAGGCACAUCAGAUAAACCCAGCGUGGAAAGCUAGUCACACAUCAGCUCAGUGUUCAGCCCGGGAUUACCCAGUCAACCAAGAAGGAGCUUGCAGUUUUAAAGAAUCCACCAACUGUUGAAACAAAUCCCUAGAGACACAAGGCAAGAGACUGAAUCAUCAAAGUUAAGUCUCUCUGAGAAUUAUUGCUAAGAAUGGCUUUAGAGCUAAGAACCAUAUUUCAGUGUGAACCAUCCGAGAAUAAUCUUGGAUCAGAAAAUUCAGAGUUUCAACAAAGCCAAGGACCUGCUGUUCAGAGAGAAGAAGGGAUUUCUGAGUUCUCAAGAAUGGUGCUUAAUUCAUUUCAAGACAGCUAUAAAUCAUAUGCAAGGCAGGAAUUGCAAAGACUUUAUAGGAUCUUUCACUCAUGGCUGCAACCAGAAAAGCACAGCAAGGAUGAAAUUAUUUCUCUAUUAGUCCUGGAGCAGUUUAUGAUUGGUGGCCACUGCAAUGACAAAGCCAGUGUGAAAGAGAAAUGGAAAUCAAGUGGCAAAAACUUGGAGAGAUUCAUGGAAGACCUGACUGAUGACAGCAUAAAUCCACCUGCCUUAGUCCAUGUCCACAUGCAGGGACAGGAAGCUCUCUUUUCUGAGGAUAUGCCCUUAAAAGAUGUCAUUGUUCAUCUCACAAAACAAGUGUCUGCCCAAAUCCCAAGAGAAGCAAACAUGGGAACACCCUUCCAGACUUCCCAAGAUACUUCCUUAGAAACAGGACAAGGACGUGAAGAUGAACAAGAUGGCUGCAACAGUUCUUUGAAAACUACUCAAGUAAAUGAAAAUAUUACUAAUCAAGGCAAUCAAAUAGUUUCCCUAAUCAUCAUCCAGGAAGAGAAUGGUCCUAGGCCUGAAGAGGGAGGUGUUUCUUCUGACAACCCAUGCAACUCAAAAAGAGCAGAGCUAGUCACUGCUAGAUCCCAGGAAGGGUCCAUAAACGGAAUCACUUUUCAAGGUGUCCCUAUGGAGAUGGGAGCAGGGUGUAUCUCUCAGCCAGAGCAGUCCUCCCCUGAGUCUGCCCCUACCCACCAGAGCAAUGAGGGAAACUCCACAUGUGAGGUACAUCAGAAAGGAUCCCAUGGAGUCCGAAAAUCAUACAAAUGUGAAGAAUGCCCCAAGGUCUUUAAGUAUCUCUGUCACUUAUUAGCUCACCAGAGGAGACACAGGAAUGAGAGGCCAUUUGUUUGUCCCGAGUGUCAGAAAGGCUUCUUCCAGACAUCAGACCUACGUGUGCAUCAGGUGAUUCACACAGGAAAGAAGCCUUUCACAUGCAGCAUGUGUGAAAAGUCCUUCAGCCACAAAACCAACCUGCGGUCUCAUGAGAGAAUCCACACAGGAGAAAAGCCUUAUACAUGUCCCUUUUGUAAGACAAGCUACCGCCAGUCAUCCACAUACCACCGCCAUAUGAGGACUCAUGAGAAAAUUACCCCACCAAGUGUUCCCUCCACACCAGAAGCUUCCUAAGCUGCUGGUCUGAUAAUGUGUAUAAAUGUGUAUGCAAGUAUGUAUAUUCCCAUAGUAUUUAUCUACUUAGGAUAUAAGAGAUAAUUUCCUGAUUAUGCUUUCAAUUUAUUGUCUUGCUUCAUUAAAAUGUAAGGCUAAGGAGAGCAUGGAAUUUGUCAGUUUUGCUCACUAAAGUAUUCCAAGUGGUUGGGAAAGUGGGAACAUUUCCAAGAACCAAUAAAUUUCUGUUGAAUAAA